AUGACACCAACACCGCCAUCCACAUCGUCAAGCGUGGGCGCACAUUCUCCCGAGGGUCAAUAUAGGGUGGUUAGGAAGCGAAAUAGAGUGCCACUUUCGUGCGCACCUUGUCGACAGAGAAAAUUAAAAUGCAACCGCUCCCAUCCUUGCGAGAACUGUGUCAAACGAGGAGACGCAGCCUCCUGCACCUACGCUCAACCAGGAUCACGAAAGAAAAGCUCCGCGAAUCAAAGCUCAUCCACAUCUCCAGAUGAUAUGCAGAAUAGGAUAGAUCGGUUGGAGAAUUUGGUUCUGUCACUUAUGACGAAUGGAUCACAAGCGGCCGGACCAGCGGCUGCAGCUGCAGCUCUAUCUGGGCACGAUAGCGUGGGAUCCGGACAGAAUUAUCAGGAUGUCGAAAUAGACGAAGACGUUGAUGGACAAAAUGAAGAGAGUGAUACCGAAGCUGUGACAAAGUCAUUUGGCAUCAUGAAAGUCGACAAUAAUAAGUCGAUGUAUAUCAGCGAGGCACAUUGGGCGUCUGUUCUGAAUGAUAUUGCCGAGGUUCGCCAGUUCUUUCAAAAUUCAAAAAAGCAAUACGAAGAGCAAGCACAGAAAAUACAGGCAACGAGGCCAGAAACAGAUACAACUACAAUGCUUCUUUUUGGUUCAGUAAAAGCGCCCAGCAAAGCCGAGAUUCUGUCCUCCUUUCCUUCACGAUACAUUGCAGAUAUGCUCAUAGCGCGAUUUUUCAAUAAUCGCGAUCAUGGUCCUGAUAUUCUCCAUGUUCCAACGUUUCAAAAAGAUUACAAUGAGCACUGGAAAAAUCCCUCUGCUUCGUGCCCGGUCUGGAUUGGUAUGCUUUAUGCCAUGAUGCGACUAGCUAUGCUUUCAUAUUAUCACGACGGGGAAGAGCCACCAGAAUUCAAGGGUAAAUCACUCGAUAUGUCAAAGUCUUUCCGUCACCUUAUGUGUCAAUGUUUGAUUCUGGCGGACUACACGAAACCGUACCCCUACCUGAUUGAGACGCUUGUGCUUCACAUGCAUGCCGAUUUUAGCGAGACCAAUGAAGCCAACAUCGCCAUAUGGGUUCUUGUUGGAAUCAUUGCACGACUAGCCAUGCGCAUGGGCUACCAUAGAGACUCGAAAAUGUUUCCCAACAUUACGCCUUAUCAAGGUGAAAUGCGGAGAAGGGUGUGGGCAUAUCUUCGACAAGCAGACCUUCUUUUCUCAUUCCAGGUCGGUAUGCCCAGUAUGUUACGACCAGGUGACACCGAUACCGAGUUGCCGCGAAAUCUGUUCGACGAAGAUUUUGGCCCAGAUAGCAAAGAGAUACCACCGUCCAGACCCAACGAACAAGCUACUCCGGUAUCUUAUAUGAUUGCCAAAAGUCGUUUGUCAGUGGUCUUUGGCCGCGUCAUUGAACAUACCUCGCUUGUCAAGAAUGCACCCUAUGAAGUCGUGAUUGAUAUAGAUGCUGAGCUUCGACGAGCUCGAGAUAUGAUUCCUGAACAUCUCAGAGUGCUACCGUUUGAUGAGUGUACGAUAGAGUCCACUGAUUCGAUACUGAUGCGAUACUAUGUUGAGAGUGUCUAUCACAAGGCACAAGUCGUCCUACACCGAAGAUAUAUUGGUCGUUCACGAGAAAAUCCUCGAUUCACCCAUUCACGCCGAACAUGCAUUGACUCGUCCAUGGAGCUCUUGCGCUACCAGGCUAUUUUCUACAAUCAAAAAUUACCCGGCGGCCGUCUCUUGUCCAAAAUUCGAGAUAACUCCAUCAAUAACAGCAAUUACCUACUUUCAGCGACAGUAAUAUGUCUCGACCUCUAUCAGAGUAUGCAGCUACAAGCAGCAGGGCGACCAUCAGGCGACGUCUAUAUCUGGGGCCGAGAACGACGUGACGAGAUGCUAGCCGCCAUACGACAAGCAAGAGAUAUCUGGCAAGCUCAAAGUGACGAGUCGAUGGAGUCAUGGAAAGCAGCAGGCAUGAUGACCGUUAUGCUUGAGAAGUUGAAUGUGACACCCGCGCCACCUUCCGGUGACAUGAACGGCACCCCAUCCAUGCUCGACGUUCCCGACGAGAAGCAGAGUGCGGCGAUGACUCUGGGACUAUUGAGCAGCGGCAUGAGUCCCGGAGAUACCGGAACCGGCUUCACGGAUCCCUUCAAGAGUCCAGACUCAGUUCUGUCCCCUACAGCUCUCGGUGGGACAUCGUCGGAUACCAUGGGGUUCUCAUCACCGUUCAACAUGCUCGGCCAAAUGCCAGACAUGCAACUUGACUGGAACGCCUGGGACAGUUACAUAGGCAACACGUCCCUCGACAACAACAACAGCUCCAACAACCCCCUCUGGCCAAUGUUCGACCUCUCCUCACAAAUGAUUUCCCCCAUGCCACCACCAUCAUCAUCAUCCAGUCAACCAACUCCAUCCACAUCAGCAACUACACCCGGCACGGGAAAUAGAAGUACAUCAUCAGCAGAGAAUAUCCGAUCUCGUAUACGACUCCCAGGUGUACUUCCAUCUGAUACGGGCAUGGCUUAUGAUCCGACGAAUCCAUCGUUUUUUAUGGCGGGGCCGAAUGGGAAUAAAAUUGAUUAACACUUCCUCCUCUUCCCUUGAGGCUUCCUUCGGAAGGAAAGAAAAACCGAUAACAACUGAUGAUAUGAUAUACGAGGAAGGAAACCCAUGAAACACCAUUGAUCUUCUCUAUAAUUGUUUUUGAUAUUUGAUACCCUAUUUCAUUCCCUCGUUACAGCUCUUGUUCGUUUAAGGAGUUUGGUGGAAUUUGACAAUUCGGAAAUGUUUUGAGAAAACGAUCUCCUUUGGUUACGAAAAAAAUCUCCAUUUUUGGGCUUUUUGGAGAAUGCCUGUAUACUAGUUGACGUACUACGUAUUAGUUUGGUCUGAUUUUUAACAUAUCCUUGCUUCUCUUAGCCAGGGUUCAAAGGUUGAUUGUA